AUGGCAGCCUCCUCUUCUGCCGCCGACCCAAAGCUCGAUCUCAUAAAAAAGGUUAGAAGUCAUGAAGUAGCAAUAGCAGAGCUCAGUAAUCUUUCAUCGUCUCGUGCUGUCUAUCAAAAAAAUGGGAAUCUUUUUUUCCGUACAACUUCCCAGAAAGCAACAGCUUCUGAACAGAAUGGAAAAUUCAAUCGUCGUGGGUUCCUUCAAAAAAUUUUCCCUCAGUACCAUCCUGUAAGUGAAGUUGCAAUCCCAUCCUUUGAGUUGCAAAUACAAGAUCUCUGUUCAAAACAGUAA